UGUAAAUUGGAGAGAUACAGCCUACAGGACGUGAUGUGUGAACACCCCUCCCUGUACAAAUAUUGUAAUCAGUGCUUUGUUGAACCUCACUCUUCAGCCGUUGAUACAUAGCUGUGUUAAGAGUUAAUACUAACGUAGCAAUUGUGUAGUAAGAAUGACCAUGUUCAGUACCAAAAGAGACAAUUGUAUCUGUGUAAGCACCAGCCCUAAGAUGGCCGUUUGCUCGUCUGCAACAAAGAAGCAUCAGAACACAUCAGUAACUCACUCGUUAGUUUACCGUGGUCUAGGUGAAUCCGAAAGUGUCAGUAGGGAUAGUAUAUUCCGUAAGAUGCGCAAUUUGGAACUCGACAAAUCUCUAGAUAUAACUGCACAACUACCUGCAGAGAUAGGCCUACUUUUAUUCCAGUUCUUGAAUGUCGAAGAAGCACUUAAAUUCGCACAGACCAACACCGCCUGGGCAAGCGUUGCUCGCACAGAUGUGAUUACUAGGAGGACACUAACCACUAGAAAUGUAUCACCGCCACCGAAAAAUAAGACCCUUCUCACAUACAUCGCAAUGUGCCUUAAAAGAUUCCCCAAUAUAGAAACGGUCGACCUCAGAGGGUGCGAUGGCAUGCAGACGGCAGAAGGACGUUACAAGAUCAUCAAGUGUGUGCUACGAAAUGCGCCUAACUUGACCAGUAUAGUGCUGAACGCAGGACUACUAACCAACUCCAAGUGUAUGCAGCUGGCCAUCGACGAAGAUCAUUUUGUCUUGGUGAAGGCUUUGCUUGAACAGUCGCAGUCACCUCGGGGCAGGAAGAGAACUUUUGUUGAGACGGAUGUAGUCACACCAGACCAUCUCUUUAGCGAGGGUCUCUCAGCAUUGUAUUUCGCUUCUCAACGAGGAAAAUCGAAGAUUGCUCGCUUAUUUUUAGAUAAAGGUGCCAAUCCGAAUCUUAAGAUCUUCAAUGAUUGGACGGCCUUGCACGGUGCUGCUUGGCAUGGCUAUGAGGAUACUGCGAAGGUGUUGCUGGAGUGCGGUGCGGAGAUCAAUCAAAUACUAGAAGAUGGAGCUACUGCGCUGUUCAUUGCUGCUCAGAAUGGUGGCAUAGACUUCGCUGAGUUUUUAAUAUCGAGGGGCGCCGAUGUAGAUUUUCCCAAAAUUGAUGGAGCCACACCAAUGCACAUAGCCUCGGAGAAAGGCCACGCGAAGAUCGUCAAGCUUCUAUUGAGACACGAUGCUAACCUAGCCCUAUGCAAGAGAGACGGUGCCUCUCCUUUGUUUAUGGCUGCUCAAUCUGGCCAUGUAGAUAUUGUCAAGUUGCUUUUGCAAAGUGGUGCCAACGUAGAUCAACAGCUGCUUGAUGGAGCGACACCGAUCUUUAUUGCGGCCCAGAAUGGACUACUUGAAUGUGCGGAGUGCCUGGUGGAACAUGGCGCUGAUGUGGACGCUCAAUUACAGGAUGGUGCCGGUCCGUUGUUCGUUGCAAGCCAGAACGGUCACACGGAUCUAGUACGAUUUCUACUGAAGGCAGCUGGAGCCAGUGUGAACCUUCCCAAGGUGGACGGGGCGACACCACUGCAUAUAGCGGCAGAGAAAGGUCAUCUGGAUUUAUCCAUCAUUCUGCUGGAGGCCGGUGCUGAUGAAAACAUUGCCAAAGGAGAUGGAGCUACGCCUCUGUUUAUGGCCUCACAAUCUGGACAUGUCAACAUCGUGAAGCUGCUUGUGAAGGCCGGAGCCAAUGUCAACCAGCAACUUCUUAACGGAGCAACACCUCUUUGUAUUGCAACACAGAAUGGUAUGAAUGAAAUCAUUGAAUGCCUUAAAGCAAAUGGGGCAACUCCAUAAUUCCCAGCGACGUGGACAUUCGAUACCGAAUGCAUCUGAGCUUCCAACGAGAAGGUUGCAUAUCAAGAAUAACUGCGAAGCUCUUUGAACUGCUUAUACUGCAUACCCUUAAGUUUUCCAUGAAGAACUUAUGACGACUAAGCUUGUGCUCUUGUGCGGACCUUUAAAAAUACGCACAGGAUAUUUCUGAUAGCCUGAGCAUGCCGACGAAGAGUUCUCGAUAUGCAUGUAAUUACAAUGUUGUUACAAUUGACAUGUCGACUGGUAUGGCACUUCUUGUAUGGUACAAGUGCGGCCGUCAGUGACUUGAGAGACAGCGCAUAUCUAAAUACACUCGGCAUAUAGCUGCAUCAUCGACUAAGGCAUAUUGCCAGUUCCCAUUAUACUUUAUCCCCCUGAAAGAAUAGAUUCAAAAUAUCAUUCACGACUUUAUAUAGUGGUAUUGAGAUUUAAGCAUGUCACCUAUACCUACAAAUGAUAGUGAUGCCUGCGACCGACAUACACUUAUAAACAUUAGGCUGAUUUUGCUUACUUAUUAAAAUAAAACAGACUGACUGACCGCCUA